UGCGGCAGAGCUGGGCAUGGCUGAGCCUGACCUCUAUGAGCGGCUGCAGAUCCAGUACCCGUCCAGCCCCGGCCGAGGUCCCCGCUCCGCAAUGGCCGCAUCCCGCUGCUCGCUCAGCACCGCCCUGGCCAUGGGCACCGGUUUGGUGCUGGUGCUGGGGGCAGCGCUGGUGGCUGUCAUCGUCCUGCACAUGCAGGGGCAGGCAGAGCUGCGGGCAGCGCAGGCAGAGCUCGCAGCAGUCGGGACCCUUCUGCUGCCUGACCCCAAUGAUACCCACAGCCCCACUGGGAGCCUGGCAGCGCUGCAGAAGCGUCAGGAGCAGCUCGGCCGCUGGCUGCAGGCGCUGGCGCUGGGCUGGCAGCACCACCGCACACACAUCUACUUCUUCUCCGGGGACCGCAAAACCUGGCGCGAUGCCGAGGCCGCGUGCCGAGCUGUGCAUGCACACCUCACCUCUGUCACCGGCACCGAUGAGCAGUGCCCGUACCCCUGCCUGCCCCACACCCCUCAGGACUACCUGGCACGGGAAGCACGAGGAGGAUCCUAUUGGAUCGGGCUGACAGCCACGGGCCCGGGGGGCUCCUGGCACUGGGUGGACGGGACCCCCUACAACCAGACCCAGAGCUUCUGGGCGCCGGGGCAGCCGGAUGGCACCGACCAUGGCAAGUGGGGCCGGGAGAGCUGUGCCCAGAUGUACCAUGUGGGGCACGGGCUAUGGAACGACCACAACUGCAACUUCACCUUCCCAUGGGUGUGCAAGAGGGAGCUGAGGGUGCCCUGAGCAGGAUGGGACCUGGGGG